UUACCCUGGUGGCCGGGAAAUUAUCAGGAGAGCUUUCAUGGCAAAGGGCAUUCCGGAGAAAUCCAUAACGAUUUCUAUAGCUUCCUUAAGCGACUCUUCCUUAAAACAGUAUGAUUACGCAUUAAAAAAAUGGUGGUUAUAUUGUAAGGAAAAAAAUUUGCCCAUUUAUGACGCAAAAAUAGUAGAUGUAGUAAAAUACUUAACCGAAGAAUAUGAUAAGGGAGCGUCUUACGGUUCUCUAAAUAGCAUGCGAUCGGCCAUUUCACUGAUUAUAGACCCGGAGGUAGGACAGAAUGAAAUUAUUAAAAGAUUCUUUAAAGGAAUAUCAAAGUUAAGACCCCCGGAACCAAAAUAUGAAUCCACAUGGGAUCCAGGAAUAGUCCUUGAUUAUUUUGGAGACUUACGAAAUGAGGACUUAACCCUAGAUUUGUUAAGUAAAAAAUUAAUAACAUUGCUAGCACUAGUAACAGGUCAUAGAAUCCAGACCUUAUCUUUAAUAGAUAUAAGAAACAUAAUUGUUAAAGUUAGCUUAAUAGAAAUUAAAAUUCCGGAGAGAAUUAAAACUUCUAAACCCGGGAGAAGUCAGCCUGUACUAAUUUUACCGUUUUUUAAGAAAAAUCCGAACAUUUGUCCAGCAAAAACUCUUCAAUGUUAUCUCAAAAGGACCGAAAAUCUUAGAAAAAACAUAACAGUCCUAUUUAUUUCGUUCAAAAAGCCUUUCAAAAAAGCAUCGACGCAAACACUUAGUAGAUGGGUAAAAGAUGUUUUACGUGAAAGCGGUAUAGAUACAGAUAUUUUUUCAGCGCAUAGUACAAGACACGCUUCUACCUCUGCCGCGAAGCGCAAAGGUAUUAAUAUCGAUGUAAUAAGGAAAUCAGCAGGUUGGACCGAAAACUCAUCUACGUUUACUAAAUUUUACGAUAGACCCUUAGUUCAAGACGUAAGAAUGUUUGGUCGUGCGAUAUUAGACAGAUAAAGGAAAACGGAGUCAUUACUUUAUACUGUCAACAUUUGAGUUACAAAAACGAUUAGAGUAAUUAGAUCGUUAAAGCGUUGUUUUUUCCUUUAUAUUCAUUCAAAGAAAAAUAAAAAUUAUAGUAUUAU